AUGACUUCAGUGUAUGCGUCUAAUCUGGUGGCUGAAAGGGUGGAACUCUGGACGGAUCUCAUCACCAUCCAGCAAACCUUGAGUCUCCAUUCCAAGCCUUGGAUCGUUGCUGGAGAUUUUAAUCAAAUAACUAGUCCUUCAGAACAUUCCUCCCUAUCUGUUCAGGCAAUCUCCAACGGCAUGAUUGAUUUCAAUGAUACAAUUCUUCAGCUUGGACUAUUUGACCUCCGGUUUCAGGGAAUCUUAAACACCUGGUCCAACAAACAACUGGCUUCUCCAAUUGCAAAGAAGUUGGAUCGUGCGCUAGUAAACUUUGAGUGGAUCUCGUCUUACCCUAAUAGCUCUGCUUCCUUUUUGGCACCUGAAUUCUCUGACCAUACCCCCUGCCUCCUGAACCUUGCUACCCCUCUCCCUAUUGCUGGAACCAAACCGUUCAAAUUCUUCAAUUAUCUCACCAAACACCCCCUCUUCCUUACUGCUGUGAGUGAAGCCUGGAUUCUUGCCGGAAUCUCCUCAUCGACUCUCUCGGAACUCAGUUGA